AGAAAGGAAGCUGACAGAAAGUAGAAGAAAAAACGAAACUCCCUAACAGCAUUAUAUGAAAGGAUCUUAAGCAUUCUCAGCCAACUUUAGAAAUGCUUGAGAGAAAAGCCCCCCCCUGUGUGGUCCCCUCUUAUCUAGAAAGAGCCAUUUCUGCUUUCUUUGUGUCCCAGCGGCCCCGCGAGGCCCGAAGCCUUCUGUCCUCACCCCUCACUCUUUCUGGUCUCUGCCUUCGAUUACAGGGACACCGCGGCCCCCCCGUCUCAGGACGAGGCCACGGAGGGCACCAUGUCCUCGGAGGCUCUGCCUCUCAUCUUCGAGCCGUUCGAAGACGUCACAUCCGAGGGGGCGGGGGGCGGCGGCGGCGGGGACGCCUCGGCCCGAGGCGGGCGGCCCCUCGGACGCGCCCUCCUGCUGAUGCCGGACUGGACGUCGCCGUGGCAGACGUCCGGCGGGGAGCUCCUGGAGCCGAGCGCCCCCCCGGGUCCGUCCGCGUCCGGGCUGAGGUUCACUCGGAGAGAGGUGCAGCGAGGACACCGGACGCCAGCCCCUCCCUCUCAUCCUUUCAGCCUGCUACGACAACUGUAACCGUGGCGACCCGUCGGCCGGCGCACAAACCCAGAUCAGGGUCGGAGGAGAUGGAGUCCGAGGAGGAGGACGAGGAGGACGAGGAGAACUCUGAGGACUCGGCGGAGGAGGACGACAGCGAGGAGGACCAGACGGAGACCCCCAGAGCGCCGUCGACGCGGCCCCCCUACGGCCUCGUCCCUCUGCCUCCCGUCUGGUUUCAGCGCAACCAGGGGCUGAUGAGGAGCUGGGUGGAGCUCAUCAGAGAGAAGGCGGGCUACGUGUCGGGAUGUUGGUCCCGGUGGGCAUCGGCAUCACGGGGGCCCUGCUGAUCGUCGGCGCCCUCUACAGCGUCCGCGUGAUUCACCGCAAGAGGAGGAACAGCUUCAAACACCAGAGGAGGAAGGUCAGGCAGCAGGAGUUCGUUGUUCCUCUCCAGCAACCCGAGAGCCCGG